CAAAAGCUGAAAUUUUUCUUGUUUUUUUUUCAGAUUGAAAUCGUUUGGCACAACAAAACCGUUCCGGUGUGUACGAGAGAAAUAGCUUACUGGGUGAAGGACUACAUCACUGAAGAUGGAUACUUCGUAACCUACUUUUUAUUUAGGAUACUAUUCGUCCACCUUCUGCCGUGCAUAACCCUAGUUAUUCUAAAUUUGUUGCUAUUCAGAGCCUUGAAGCAAGCUCAGAAGCGGCGAGACAUGUUACUCUCCGCGAAAAAGAAUCAAAAAACCGAGUGCAAAAAGUUGAGAGAUUCAAACUGCACCACCCUCAUGCUCAUUGUCGUAGUGACAGUAUUUCUGAUCGUAGAAAUCCCUCUGGCAGUGGUAACGAGUCUACACGUCAUUUCGAACAUCUAUAUUGAAUUCCUCAACUACGAGAUGGCUAACUCUCUGACAUUAUUCACUAAUUUUUUCAUUAUCUUGAGCUACCCGAUAAACUUUGCUAUCUACUGCGGCAUGUCCAGACAGUUCAGAGAAACAUUCAAAGAGCUUUUUGUGAAACCCGGAGCCAAUGCUAGAAAUGGAUCUUCGAGAUAUUCUAUAGUCAACGGGCCUAGAACUUGCACGAACGAAACCGUUUUGUAAUUCUGCCACAGAACUCAAUUGGAAAAUAUGACGCUUAACUAUGGACUUGAUAUCAAUGUUAUUUUAUACGAUGUAUAUAUUUAUUUAUUAUGCCGUUCUUGAACUGUUUUGUACAUAAACAAUUAUUUACUAGGUACAUGUUGAGAACCUAGAAAAACUAGCGUUAAGUAUAUGUUAUAUGUUCAUGUAUAUUUUUAUUUUAAUUUAACGAUAUUGGUGGUUUUGUCAGCAACUUUCAAAAAUACGAGCCCUCACUUGAAAGAUGUUCACAAAAUCAAACUCUUCUCGAAUAUUUCUGAAAUGAUUAUGUCUAUCAUAUCAAUAAACUCAUCAAAUCACAAUUGGUUAUGUAUAUGUUGUGUACUUUAGAAAGAGAUGUUGAAUGUUAUACAGAUGUUGCGU